UGGAUUCCGUCAAUGUCAAAUUGAAAAAAUAUUAUCAAUGUUUUUGUCGAAUUGUUCAUAAUUGAUUUCUAAAACAUGAGACGGGCGAACAAAAUAUCGUCAUUUUUACAAUCAACAUAAACAAAUGAUAAGAUAAUUCCCCACGGUCACAAGUUAGUCGUAAGAAUAAAGUGUCUCCAAUAAGUCGAAAUAAUGUCAUUGAGGACUAUUUUAAUACGGAAUUUAUUCCGACAAAAGAAAGUUUUUCACUUAACGCCAUGUAUAAUUCAAAGUCAGAAACAAUACGAGGACAGGUACUCAAAUAGAAGUUGGAAGAAUGAAAAUAUCUCUGUAGGAUUACUCGCCUCCCUCAUACUGGGCACACAGCUGACAGAGAAUAACGAUAAUGAAAAUAAACAAAAUGAGAGUGAGCCGCACCAGCAGGCCGGAGCUAAACGGCCGGACUUACCGACAUACAGGGCCGAGGAAGUCAGUCAACAUAAUAAUGAGAGGAGUUUCUGGGUGACAUACAAGCAGGGAGUGUAUGAUGUGACGUCAUUCCUGCCGUCUCACCCCGGCGGUGAACAAAUAUACAAUGCGGCCGGCCUCAGUGUAGAGCCUUUUUGGAAUGUGUAUGGCAUGCAUAAGACUAAGGAGAUUUAUGAAUUACUAGAGAGCUACAGGAUAGGCAAUCUUCACGAGGACGAUUUAGUGGAUCACUCGGACGACGAGAUGUGGGCCAAGGAACCGUUCAGAGACAAGCGACUCUGCGUGAAGACAGCCAGACCGUUCAACGCCGAGACGCCGCCCGCUGAACAAGUGCGACACUUCGACACUCCGGCUGAGCUAUUCUACGUCCGUCAACACAUGCCGGUGCCGGAUCUGGACGGCAGCUGUCACAGGCUGACGGUGCUGGUGGAGGGGGAGGGGGAGCGGCGCCUGCAGCUGUCCGUAGACGAACUGAAUAGGUUCAAGCGGCAGGAGGUGCGGGCGGCGCUCAUGUGUGCCGGGAACAGGAGGUCCGAGAUGAACCUGGUGAAGCCGGUGAAGGGUCUCUCGUGGCGGACCGGCGCCAUCGGUAACGCGGUGUGGGGCGGAGUGCUGCUGAGGGACGUGUUGCUGGCGGCAGGGGUCUCGGACAAGGACACGGAGGGGAAACACGUCACGCUGAUGGGUGCCGACAUGGACGCGACGGGUACUUACUUCAGUACGUCCAUACCGCUGUCUCACGCCCUGGACGAGCGUGCCCGGGUCCUGUUGGCCACCUCCAUGAACGGAGCGCCUCUCACCAAGGACCACGGACAUCCCCUGAGGGUGGUGGUCCCGGGGGCGCCGGCCGUCAGGAGCGUCAAGUGGCUGCAGUGCAUCAAGGUGUCGUCGGAGGAGAGUCCGUCUCACUGGCACCAGAGAGACUACCGCUCGUUCGGUCCGAGCGUGUCGUGGGAGACGGCGGACUUCCCCUCCGCGCCCCCCGUCUACAGCCUGCCCGUCACCUCGGCCGUGUGCUCGCCCGAGGACGGUGACACCGUACGUCCUCGCCGGGGAGCGCUGCACGUGCAAGGGUACGCGUACUCGGGCGGCGGCGCGAAGAUCAUCCGCGUAGAGGUCAGUACGGACCGCGGCGCCACAUGGCGUGAGGCGCGGCUCAGGAGCGACAGCGCUCCGCCCAGAGAACACUACUCCUGGACACUGUGGGAUGUCGAUCUGCCGGCCGCCGGACCGCAGAUGGAGAUAUGGGUGAAGGCUACCGACAGCAACUUCAACGCUCAGCCGGAGAACUUCAGAGACAUCUGGAACAUCCGCGGCAUCAUCAGUAACGCCUAUCAUAAAAUAAAAGUUAACGUAGAACAGUGACCGCCGUGAGGAACCAUUCAUCUUGAUGAAAAUAAAGAUAACUCGAACAUUUCCUCAAAAUUGUAUAGUUUCAGGCACAGAGAAAGUGAUGUUUAUAUAGUAUCGAUGGAAAUAGAUUUGUUUUCCUGGAAAUUUCUAUUUUUUAUACAAUAACAUAUUUAUUAAAUCAGUAGGUAAGCAUGGUCUCAACACUAAUCAGAACACGAACGAAUCAAAUAUGAUCUAUAGUUCCAAUAGAAUUAAGAAAUCCUGUCCCUACCGACUGUGACGAACAAUUAGAAUAAAUGAUUAAUGAACCUA